AUGAUUUCGCGUAGCUCUGCCUUACGGUGUGCCGGUGCCCAGCGGCGCCGAUCUUUCGCCGUCACGGUGGAGGCAGUGCUUGCACCGCACCCUGCUUCCGAGACCCGCUCUACAGUAGAUAGGUUGAAGAAAAUACGUCUCGUGACAGCUGUAAAAACUCCCUACUUGCCAAACGGCAAGUUUGACUUACCAGCAUACGAUGCGCUGGUUUCUCGGCAAAUAGCAAACGGUGUGGAGGGCCUCAUCGUCGGCGGGACCACCGGAGAGGGUCAUCUCAUGUCAUGGGAUGAGCACGUUAUGCUUAUUGCACACACUGUCAACGCCUUUGGUGGCCAGCUCGCCGUAAUUGGCAAUACCGGCUCGAACUCAACACGCGAGGCGCUGCACGCCACAGAGCAGGGCUUCGCUGUGGGCAUGCACGCAUCCCUACAGAUCAAUCCGUAUUACGGCAAGACCAGCAAGGCCGGCCUGUUGAAUCACUUCAAUGCUGUGCUUAAUGAGGGUCCGGCGAUUGUGUACAAUGUGCCGGGUCGCACUGGCCAGGACAUUCCCGACGACGUUGUCCUUGAGAUCAGUAAGCACAGCAAUUUCCUAGGCAUGAAGGAAUGCACUGGGAAUGCGCGGAUCAAGAACUACGUCACCCGCGGCGUCAACUGCUGGUCCGGCAACGACGACGAAUCUCACGACGCGCGACACAGCGCCGGCGCCGUCGGCGUCAUCUCCGUCACCUCCAACGUCAUCCCGGGCCUUAUGAACCAACUCAUGCACGGCAGCCAGCCGGAUACCGCCCUGAACUCCUCCUUGAAGGAGCUCUUUGCCUGGCUCUUCUGCGAGCCCAACCCCAUUGCCCUCAAUACCGCUCUGGCCAUGUGCGGCCUCGUCAAACCAGUUUUCCGACUGCCGUACGUGCCGUUGGACCGGCAACAGCGGGAAAAGGGCGCGGCGCUGCUGAUGGCCGUUCAGGAGCACAUCCCGGGCUGCCGAGGUGUUCGGGUGAUGGAGGAUCAUGAGUUUACACUUGUCGGCCGACAUUGA